AUGGGGUCGCACGGCACCGCGGCGCAGGGCGGCGGCAGCGCACUCUGGCGCUCGCUCUUUCUCCCCCUCAGGGAACGUGUCGUGUUUGCGUCCUUCAUCACAAUGCUAUGUCCGCUUCAGCAGCCGGUGCUGCAGCCGGAGCAAUUUUCGCACCGGGCGGCUUCCGUCGACGCGGACGCUGCGCCCCCCGUCACAGCUGGGAAGGUCUACGGCCCCGAGGACGACGGCGACGCCAUGCGCUCGCCCCUCUUCGCACUUUGUGGGGAGCGGGCGGACGCCAUUGUCUGCGUGCUUGCGGACGGCGGCGUGGUCUUCUUUGACCUGACGGACGAAAAUGAGGGGCCGAAGGAGAUCCGUCGCUUCUCCGCAAGAAAACCACGCAGCGGCGCGGCGUACGAAGCCACGUGCGCCUCCACCAUUCCUUUGGAGGUGACGUACAUGUGCCGCGUUCCCGCGCUGGCGCAGCCGGCAGCGGCGGCGGCGGCGGCGGCCUCGCAGCUCUCAGGCAACAGCGGCAUCGCGGACACCUUCAAGCCGGGGGCACCCGUCUUGAGCCGGGCAAUGUACCUUCGCGGGGUUGUGGGGUCGCGCGACGGCAGCGUCGAGGUCUUUUCCGAGCUUGGCUUCGUGUUCGGCUUCGUUGCCCACGACGCACCAGUGGUGGCGGUGGCUGCCAUAUACACCGCCGAGGACGAGAACGAGGGCGGAAGUCAGCCGGGGGCCGGCGCAAAGCGGGAUUCAAAGCUCCUCCCGGGCAGCGAGGGGCCGGGGGGGCGGUUUGAGAUCGCCACGGUGGGCCUGGGGUUCGUCACGUGCAGCUCCGAGGGGGUGGUGUAUGUAUGGAAGAGAAGCGGGCUUGUCAUUAAGCCAAAGUUCUUCGAGAGGAGCACAUUUCCCUCGCGCAAGUUUAAGCUGCACGUGGUGCAGCCGUCCGGUCGGGAGCUGCUGCUAAGCGGAAUGGGGAUGGCGCGGACGCCGCUGCUGGUGCACACCACCCCCGGCCUGGGGCACGAGCUCCGCGUGCGCAGCAGUCUGACUUUCAAAGACGUGGAGCCCCGCGUCAAGUUGCCUGGGUCUCUUUUCACCCGCACCACGGCGAUUGCCGCCGUGGAAAAGUUGGCGCUGGUGGCGCGCGGCAAAAAGGUGUACAAGGUCGACCUCGCCGAGUCCCGGUGUGAGCGCCUCCUCACGGCCCGCCACACGGUGACUGGCCUCUGCCUUGGCAGAACCGGCCUCGCCGCGGCCACCUGCGACGGUGGCGGCAUGCUGUACGUCCUCGCCCUCGACCCCGUCUCGGUGCUUGGCCGUUACUACGCCCGCGGCGGUGGCCCGUUUUGCUCCGUCUCGCUGCACCCGGACUCGCACCUCCUGGCAAUUGUCUCCGGCGAUGGGGCGGUGGAGGUGGCGAUGAUGCCGGAGGCGUGGAACGACGGAUCCGUCAACAACCUUCACACCUGCGCCGAUGUCAUGAGUUCGAUUCAGGCCGCAAAGGCCCUCUACUGCCUCGUGGGUCUGCAGCAGCGGAGGGGGGCCGCGUUGUGCAGUGCGGCUGAGGCAAUAUCGCAGGCUGCCGAGUACGAGGCGCUGCUGCUGGCGCGCAUGGCAGUCCCGGCGGGGACGACGCGGUACCUGCACCACCCCGCUGGGAUCGCAUUAACAGAGGGAAAGAUGUAA